UUUUUUUUUUAAUUUUUUUAACACAUUUUGCCAUUCACUUGGCAAUCCUGCGACGUUCGCCCUCUGGCAGCUGUCCACAUCGCAUCACUUACACCCACGAUAUCGGGGGCUUUGCUGUCCUCUCGGGACUUGCCCUCACAUACCUAUCACGCCUCACACCAUCACCACCAAACCCCACUUACAGCCAAAAUGUUCCUCCCAAUACACAACCUCAUACUCGCGCUGGCAACCCCCCUAGCAAACCAAGGCGUAGCAGUAAACCACUUCAACCUCGGCUCUCGCGCCGUCCAACCCAUAGCAAACGCCACCCCCCUCCGCAUCAUGCCUUUAGGGGCAUCAAUAACCUACGGCCAAGCCUCCACAGACGGCAACGGCUACCGAAACGAACUCCGCAACCAGCUCGUCGCCGCCGGCAACACCUUGGUAAACUUCGUCGGCUCCCGAAAAGCGGGCAUAAUGCGCGACAACGAUGUGGAAGGCUGGCCAGGCGCCCGCAUCGACGAAGUUCACUCCAGAGCCGUCGCUGCGGUGUCGGUGCCGAAAUACAAACCCAACGUUUUUCUUGUGAAUGCGGGGACGAAUGAUGCGUUGCAGAAUAAGGAGGUGCGUACUGCCGCGCUGAGGAUGGAGGCGAUGUUGAAAGAUUGCUGGACCUUGUCACCCCGGGCAGUGGUGAUCCUUUCAACACUGCUGCUCAAUAAGGAUCCAGUCGUGGAGAGGAGGGUGUUGGAUAUAAAUGACCAGUUUCGGAGGUUGGUUAAGAGCCUGAGGGAUGAGGGAAGGAGAAUUGUGCUGGUGGACAUGCACAACGAUCAGGGGCCGAUGGAGGGGGUGGAUUUUGCUGAUCAGACGCACCCUAAUGAUAGGGGAUAUAAGAAGAUGGCGAAUAUAUGGUUUGCCGGGCUGGUGGCGGCGGGGGAUGAGGGGUGGAUUCAGACGCCCGAGGUUGUGGCGGGGCUGCCGGAUGAUGGGCUGAGAUCUUAGAGGGAUCGAGAGCAAGUUGUUUAUGGUGGUCCUGCUGGUGGUGUUGGGGAUGAGGAGGUGGUGGCUGCUGACGGCGGUGAUGAGGAGAAGGGGGGGAAUGAGGUUGGCCCGGGCGGUUAGACACCGAAAACAACACCAGUCCCCGCAGAAAGACCAACAUGGGCUACAUCAACACCGGCUGCCACCACCAAAUCGCCCAACAGCGAACCAGGGCAAGUAACACCAACCUCGAGUGUGAAUAUUGUUGAGGAACAAAAGCAGGAAGGCUCCCAGUCUGAAGAAGGCUCUCCGUCUGAGGAAGGCUCUUCGUUUAAAUCCGUCUGGUAUAUAAAAACGCCAAAGGACAGCAUCACGACCCAUAUCCGCCUGCAGCUGCUGCCGUCUAUCGCAAUUCUGAUUGAAAUGUUGGAGAGAUCAACCUCAUGGUCGGGUUACCUUGUUAUCCGUCUCCUUAUUCUUUGGAAUUUGUGGAGCUUUCAACUCAACUACGGCAUAGGGUCUAUUUGGGGGCUUUACACGACAGCAUUGUUUUGGAUGGUUUAUUCUGAGCAGUUCGAAACCAUGUCUCAUAUCCACCUGCUGCUGCCGCUGUCUAUCGUAAUUCUAUUUCCAAGGUUGUAUAACUAGCAUUAUGGUCGGGUCACCUUGUUAUCCGUCUCCUUAUUCUUUGGAAUUUGUGGAACGUUCAACUCAGCUCCGGCACAGGGUCUUUUUGGGGGGCUUACGCAACAGCAUUGUUUUGGAUUGUUUAUUAUGAGCAGUUCGACCGAACCUUGUUUCUCCUCUGGUUGGUGUGUGGGGGCCCUCUGCCUGAAAAGUUCCACGAUGUAACCAUCGUGGCUUCCCAACAGAUUCGAUAGCCUAUGAAUGGCUUAUCAUGGGUAUGGAGCCCACCGGUGUUUUUUAUAAUGGCUUGGGGAAAUGGAGGAUGAUGAAGUGGAGGGAGAAGAUGAGCGUCAUGGAUUGUAGAGUAAAUUAUUUGCACAGCGGAAAUAAAGCGUU